GAAGGAUAAGGAGUUAGUCUCUGGAAGAUGAUCUUUGAUGUUGUAGCAGGAGGCAGCAAUCAUUACUGGAAGGUGCGAGGGAGAACUUGGCCUGUGAUGAACACGUGGGGGUUGUCUGCAUAGAUAUGACAACGUGACAGCUUAAAUCCAGAGAGAACAGAGUCCAAAUGUUGGAAAUGCCAACAUUUUAAAGGAGGAAGAGGAACCAGCCAAGCACACAGUGUGUAAUCAGACAGGAUGGGGAGGUUACAGAUUCACACAGCACAGAUAAGAGCAUCAAGGGGGAAGUCGUGGUCAGCAGAUCAGAGGUUGCCAAGAAGUCAAAGAGAAUAGGGGCUGGACAAGGGCCAUUGGGUUAGGCAAUUAGGAAGUCAUUUACCUUUAAGAGCACAGUGUGGGUGUGUGUGUCAGGGAGAUGGAUUAAAGAGCGAGCCUUGAAGAAAAGGGAGCAUAAACCAUUGAUUACAGGUGAGAAGAAGGAAAGGAUUGAAAGGGAGGAUACACUGUUACUCUUGCCUUCCACGUUGGGAGUCUCCUUGUGCACCUGUGUAUAUGUGAAGGCAGAAGAGAUUGUCACUGAUUCUUUAGGCAACACUUUGUUAAGUACCUACCAAGGACUUGGAUCCAGUUAACAGUGAGAACUUGAAAGCCGUUAGAGAGUGGACAGUGGAGGGCAUGUAGAAUUCAAGAGAGAGUGGGAGAGGGUGAAUUGUGAAAACAGGGGGAGCUUUUAAUGUCAGAAUGGAGAGAGACCUCUUCCUCAGAGACUGGAAAGAUGGAAGGGAGCACGGACGGCGGGUGUAAAUUCAGGAGUGUUUUGAAAUGAAGAGAAUAAAGCUGGACAGCAAGGCUGCUGGCCUUGGGCUUCUGGACAAAGUGGAAGGUAUGGCCUCACAUGUGCAAGUUUUCUCCCCUCACACCCUUCAAUCAAGUGCCUUCUGUAGCGUGAAGAAACUGAAAGUAGAGCCGAGUUCCAACUGGGACAUGACUGGGUACGGCUCCCACAGCAAAGUGUACGGCCAGAGCAAGAACGUGCCGCCUCCUCAGCCAGCCACAACCGUCAGCACCUCCCUGCCGAUCCCAAACCCCAGCCUACCUUACGAGCAGACCAUCAUCUUCCCAGGAAGCACCGGGCACAUAGUCGUCACAUCAGCAAGUAGCACUUCUGUCACCGGGCAGGUCCUCGGCGGACCGCACAACCUAAUGCGUCGAAGCACUGUGAGCCUCCUUGACACCUACCAGAAAUGCGGACUCAAGCGGAAGAGUGAGGAGAUCGAGAACACGAGCAGCGUGCAGAUCAUCGAGGAGCACCCACCCAUGAUUCAGAACAAUGCGAGUGGGGCCACUGUCGCCACUGCCACCACAUCGACUGCCACCUCCAAAAACAGCGGCUCCAACAGCGAGGGUGACUACCAGCUGGUCCAGCAUGAGGUGCUGUGCUCCAUGACCAACACGUACGAAGUGCUCGAGUUCUUGGGCCGAGGGACAUUCGGGCAAGUGGUGAAGUGCUGGAAACGGGGCACCAAUGAAAUCGUGGCCAUCAAGAUCCUGAAGAACCACCCGUCCUACGCCCGGCAAGGUCAGAUCGAGGUGAGCAUCCUAGCCCGCCUGAGCACGGAGAGCGCUGACGACUACAACUUCGUCCGCGCCUACGAGUGCUUCCAGCACAAGAACCACACGUGCUUGGUCUUUGAGAUGUUAGAGCAGAACCUCUAUGACUUUCUGAAGCAGAACAAGUUUAGCCCCUUGCCCCUCAAAUACAUUCGCCCAGUCCUCCAGCAGGUUGCCACAGCCCUGAUGAAACUAAAAAGCCUAGGACUUAUCCACGCUGACCUCAAGCCAGAAAACAUCAUGCUGGUAGAUCCAUCCAGACAGCCGUACAGAGUGAAGGUCAUUGACUUUGGUUCAGCCAGUCACGUGUCCAAGGCUGUGUGUUCCACCUACUUGCAGUCGAGAUAUUACAGGGCCCCUGAGAUCAUCCUUGGUUUACCGUUUUGUGAAGCAAUUGAUAUGUGGUCCCUGGGCUGUGUGAUUGCAGAACUGUUCCUAGGCUGGCCGCUGUAUCCAGGGGCUUCUGAGUACGAUCAGAUUCGGUAUAUUUCACAAACACAGGGUUUGCCGGCAGAAUACUUAUUAAGCGCGGGGACAAAGACAACUAGGUUUUUCAACCGUGACACAGACUCGCCGUAUCCUUUGUGGAGGCUGAAGACACCAGAUGACCAUGAAGCAGAGACGGGGAUUAAGUCGAAGGAAGCAAGGAAGUACAUUUUCAACUGUUUAGAUGAUAUGGCCCAGGUGAACAUGACAACGGAUUUGGAAGGGAGCGACAUGUUGGUAGAAAAGGCGGACCGGCGGGAGUUCAUCGACCUGUUGAAGAAAAUGCUGACCAUAGAUGCGGAUAAGAGAAUCACUCCGAUCGAAACCCUGAACCACCCCUUUGUCACCAUGACGCACUUGCUCGAUUUUCCCCAUAGUACACACGUCAAAUCAUGUUUCCAGAACAUGGAGAUUUGCAAGCGCCGGGUGAACAUGUAUGACACAGUGAACCAGAGCAAGACCCCCUUCAUCACACACGUGGCCCCCAGCACAUCCACCAACCUGACCAUGACCUUCAACAACCAGCUGAACACUGUCCACAACCAGGCUCCCACCUCCACCAGUGCCACUAUUUCCUUAGCCAAUCCCGAAGUCUCCAUACUAAACUACCAAUCUGCACUCUACCAGCCCUCAGCGGCGUCCAUGGCCGCAGUGGCCCAGCGGAGCAUGCCCCUGCAGACGGGAACAGCCCAGAUUUGCGCCCGGCCUGACCCCUUCCAGCAAGCGCUCAUCGUCUGUCCGCCUGGCUUCCAAGGGUUGCAGGCCUCGCCCUCUAAGCAUGCUGGCUAUUCUGUGCGAAUGGAAAAUGCAGUCCCCAUCGUCACUCAAGCCCCAGGAGCUCAGCCUCUUCAGAUCCAACCAGGUCUGCUGGCCCAGCAGGCCUGGCCAAGUGGGACCCAGCAGAUCCUGCUCCCCCCAGCGUGGCAGCAGCUGACUGGAGUGGCCACCCACACGUCGGUGCAGCACGCAACUGUGAUUCCCGAGACCAUGGCAAGCACCCAGCAGCUGGCCGACUGGAGGAACACGCAUGCUCACGGCAGCCAUUACAAUCCCAUCAUGCAGCAGCCGGCGCUAUUGACUGGUCAUGUGACCCUUCCAGCAGCUCAGCCCUUAAAUGUGGGCGUGGCCCACGUGAUGCGGCAGCAACCAACCAGCACCACCUCCUCCCGGAAGAGUAAGCAGCACCAGUCCUCUGCCAGAAACGUCUCCACCUGCGAGGUGUCCUCCUCUCAGGCCGUCAGCUCCCCUCAGCGGUCCAAGCGCGUCAAGGAGAACACGCCUCCGCGCUGCGCCCUGGUGCACAGCAGCCCGGCCUGCAGCUCCUCCGUCACGUGCGGCUGGGGCGACGGGGCCUCCAGCACCACCAGGGAGCGGCAGCGGCAGACCAUCGUCAUUCCCGACACCCCCAGCCCCACGGUCAGCGUCAUCACCAUCAGCAGCGACACGGACGAGGAGGAGGAGCAGAAGCACGCCCCCACCAGCACUGUCUCCAAGCAGAGAAAAAACGUCAUCAGCUGUGUCACGGUCCACGACUCUCCCUACUCCGACUCCUCCAGCAACACCAGCCCCUACUCCGUACAGCACCGCGCCGGGCACAAUGCCACCACCUUUGACACCAAGGGGAGCCUGGAGACGCACUGCACUGGGAACCCCCGGACUAUCAUCGUGCCCCCGCUGAAGACCCAGGCCAGCGAGGUGCUGGUGGAGUGUGAUAGCCUGGGGCCAGACAAAGCUUCAGAACAGAAAUGUUUGGCAUCAAGAGCGACACUGAGAGACAGGCGGACAGUAGCACUCGAUUCCACAUGUCCCGUGUCCGUGCGUGUGUCCUCUGACUUCGCCCCCUGGAGACUCGAGUCCCACUCUUCUGGGAUUAACACCAGUCACCACUCGUCCUCCUACAAGUCCAAGUCCUCCAGCAACGUGACCUCCACCAGCGGUCACUCUUCAGGGAGCUCGUCCGGAGCCAUCACCUACCGGCAGCAGCGGCCAGGGCCGCCCUUCCAGCAGCAGCAGCCUCUCAAUCUCAGCCAGGCUCAGCAGCACAUGACCGCAGACCGCACCGGGAGCCACCGACGGCAGCAGGCCUACAUCACUCCCACGAUGGCGCAGGCUCCGUACUCCUUCCCGCACAACAGCCCCAGCCACGGCACGGUGCACCCCCACCUGGCCGCCGCCGCCGCCGCCGCCGCCCACCUCCCCACCCAGCCCCACCUCUACACCUACACGGCGCCCGCGGCCCUGGGCUCCACUGGCACCGUGGCCCACCUGGUGGCCUCCCAAGGCUCAGCGCGUCACACCGUGCAGCACACUGCCUACCCGGCCAGCAUCGUCCACCAGGUCCCCGUGAGCAUGGGCCCCCGGGUCCUGCCCUCGCCCACCAUCCACCCGAGUCAGUAUCCAGCCCAGUUUGCCCACCAGACCUACAUCAGCGCCUCUCCAGCUUCCACCGUCUACACUGGAUACCCACUGAGCCCCGCCAAGGUCAACCAGUACCCUUACAUAUAAACACUGGAAGGGGAGGGGAGGGGAGGGAGGAUGGCCAGAGGGGAGGAAGGAGAGGAGGAGGGACGAGGUGGGAGCUGGGCUUUUUAUGCCGCACAUAAACAAUGCAAACGGGGCAGGGGAGGGGCAGGGGGCAGGGGUGGGACACAAACGAAACUUGAACUAGGAAGUAGGAGGACUGAGAGCAGAGAAGAGAACAUUUUAGGAAGGAAGGGGUUUAAGGAGGGGGGAAAUCUAUGCUUUUUAUUUUAAAAAAAGAAAAAGGACAAAAAAGAAAACGUCAGUAACAGAAAACACAGCUCACGAACCCAUUCUGCACCAAACUGGAAAGGAGAAGGAAAGAGUGACAGAAGAUUCCAGAAGUAGGGGGGCCUCGGUUUUUGAAGAACUUUAUCUAUGAACUUUUCAAAGAUUAUUUUCAUUAUGGCAGCAAGUGACAUUUAAGAAUUUGCUGUCGGGGACACCUGCUACGGAAAUCCAAUAGAUUUUUAAUGAUUGAACGUAAGAAUUAGGGAUUUUUCCAGAACUCUAAAGAGUCAGCAGCCCUGUAGAAAGGUCAGGCCAUGGCCUGAGGAGGCUGAUACCAGGGGUGGGUCUGGGGUCGGCAAAACCGGGUUCUGACUCGCUUGCCAGGACCGAUGGGGGUGCUGAAGGAGGACCGCGCGAGAAGGAGGAGCCCAGGAGAGGGUGCACUUUCUCUUUCUGAGCACUCUGGAUGAAUCCCUAAGCAAUGAUAGUCCUCAGAUGUCAUUAAUAAUGUGUGUUGCAAACUUUAGCUUCUUUUCUUUUCUGAAGAUUUCUCUUCUCUUUGGAUCAGUCCCUCGUGACGUAGCGUAGGGCUCACGGCUGUCGCCAACACCCCGUAGACGUAGUCACCUGCACCUGAUUGUUCUGCUUCGUGUUCUACCCUAAGAAUACCAAUAGACUAUUCCUCAACGUACUUGCACAAACAAAAAGUGAUCUAAUGUAGGCAUGUAACCCACGCGGUGGUCCAGGUGUGUGCACGUGGGUGUGAGUGGGUGCUGCCCUCCUGCCCCCCGGCACCCACCGCCCCCGGCUCUGCAAUCUCGGUUUUACAUCGUUCCCUCCUAGUGCCUUACCGACCGACGGACGCGGUGUGAGGGUUUACUUCCACGGUACUCCAAGAAGCCGGCUGAGGCGAGUCACGUCUUCUCAGCCCUUCUUCUGUGCUGUUGUAACAUUUUACUCUGGUCUUUCCUUUUUUUUUUUUAAUUUCUAUUUUAUUUCAAUACCUGUUGUCUUUCCUGGGCUGUUUGCUAGCAGAGGGGGCCAGGGAGCUGGCAGGGGCUAGGAGAGCCCAUGGACCUGAGAUGUGGGAGAUGGAUGGUGGUGGGUAGAUCUGACGAUGGUGAUGACUUCAGUUGACUGUGACUUUGGAGACAGAGCAAGAGAGACUCCCCACCCUUCACCCUCACCUAUUUCUUCCCGGGGGGCCAGCUCUGCCAUUUGUGGGACCAGAGGUCCCAUCCGUGUCUUAGGAGUGUUGGCCUCUCGCCAGGCAGCUGCCUCCUUCCUGAUGUGGGAGGGGCCAAGGAGAGCCACCUCCCGCCUCCAGGCCUGGCACAACCUUCCUGUGGUUGUCCGCGGGGUGGAGGGGAGGCUUGGCGCCUGGCCCCCUGUUCUCAGACCCCCACUGCCCUCUAGUCUCGCAGCCCUGCCCUGCUCUCCUCCGGCUGCGCCGGCUGGGUUUUGCUGUCACAGCUCCUCCCUCUUAGACAACCACCACCCGUGGUUUGCUGCUGAAUCCUUCCUCGCAUUACCCAGGCCUACCCGAGGCACGCCUCUGCUUUUGAUUUUAGAGGGGUCUUGUGGGCAGAAAGCUGGAGGGAGGGACAUGUGUGAGGGUAACCAGGUGGUGUUACACUGCACUUUGGAAAACACUCCCACGGGCAGUUAAGUUUCCAAGGAAAUUUGCCCUUUGCCUUCUUUGCCCCUUUGAUACAUUCUGGAAAUUUUCUCAGGCUUUAAACACUGGUUGGGGUCGGGGUGGAGGGGUUUCUCUGUCGAUAGCAAAUUACUCCUGAAGGCAUGAAUGUUGGGAGACCCUUAACUGGUCAUAGGUGGCGCUUUAAAGCGUGGUCCUAAUCGUUUGAUUCUUGAUGCUGUGUCCUUAACAGACCCCAAAGCCAAGUUUCCAAAGUGCAAAGAGAUGGCUCCCAGUUUUGGACAGCAGUCCAUCCCCCCCCUCCCCCACUGUCCUUCCUCACUCUGUGGUCUCCUUUAACGAUCUACUGUGAAAGGUGUUUUUAUCAUAAUAUCCAACCUAAUUCAGUAACGAAGCCAAACCCUUACCUUAGCUCUUAGCUGUGAAAUGUGAAAUAACGCUGGAAAUUUCCCCUCUCCAACCAUAAAUUCUACUUACCCUACAAAGAAACCAGUCCCCAGGUUGGAACCAGCUUAGUCCAGGCCUUAGGCUGGAAGGAAGGAAGGACACCAUGAACACUGGAAGCAGGGCACCCUCGCGCAGACCCGCAGGUACCCAGCCGGGGAGCUGUUUGUGGCAGGACAGGUUGCUGCCCUCGUGGCGUCACGAUCAGUACAUCUUCAUCCGGAGAUGGGGAAGUGCCGUCGAUCUGAGACAACACGAAAAUGGCCCGUCCAGAGAGGGUGGGGGGUGUAUAGUCUUUAGAGGACACAUGAGCCAGGGUGCUCCCAGAGCCGCGCCAGCCUGGAGAAUCAUCUCUGUGCUGGCCUUUCGGCGUCCAGAGGGCAGCAGUGCCCAGUUACAGAUGUCUCGGCUGCAGACGAGCCAGCAUUUUUGCCUUAUUGGGUAGCAUCCUGGAACCCUUGUACAGUUCACUUCCAGCCCUUUCUAGAUCUGAGCUUUUACAGGAAAAGACAACAUAGCCUUCCAGUUUAAAGAAAAUUAUUUUGUCUCCUUAAGUUGGAAGUUACUCUUUCACCUGACAUUUUCUUUCCUUUUCUUCCAGAUCAGGAAUGAAAGUUCCAUGCUGCUCAUAAAGAUAAUAUUAUUGUACUAAUUAUUUUGGUUAUUACUGUUGUAAUUACUAUCAUAAUCAUCAUUUUGAUACUUUAGUUGGGGUUUUAAGUGCACAUUUAUUCCAAGUAUCUUUAUGUUUUCUCUUUAAUAUUUAAAUUUAUUUUAUUGUAUCUGUGAGUAUCUGAGUAGACAGGAGGGACAUACAGAUGUCCAGUUUUGUCAGACCAAAAAAAAAAAAAAAGGAAAGGAAAGAUCCAGGAAUUAGAAAAAAGCUAUUGAGAAAGAUCCAUCACAGAACAAAAGUUUGAAGAAGAAUCAAAGCCUUUAUCUCUAUACAGGCCAAAUUGGGCUCUGGACAACGUGGUCUCACCAACAGUACUGUAUUUUUGUAGAUUCUCGGUGGCUGGAGGAAAUCUGAGGAGGCAUCUCAUGGGUUGAACUUUUAAGCUGUGGUCCUCUCCCAUCUGCCCUGCACUUGUGAAAUCUGCUGACUAGAUCCUGGGCCUCCCUUGCAUCUGAUAUUUACUUGUCAAUUGAAAAAAGCCCUUCUGGUCAGAGCUGACCCAGCCCUUUUCCCAGUGUCCCCUCUUCCCAGUGUCCCUUCUUUUCCCAUCAGCACACCAGGAGUUUGACUUAUAUCCUUCAGUGAAGAGAUAAUUGUCCCCUUCUGGAAGCCACUGGAAAUAGUGAGCUGAUGGAAGGUGCCAGGCAGGUGGUACCUUCCCCUGGGAAAUGAUAGCCUCCUGUCCCCUCACUAACCACACUGCCCACUUCUUCAGUCCCCCCUUUCCCUCCCCCUGCGAACAUCUUCUCAGCACACGAUUCUAGAGACAAACCAUCAAGUCAGAAAAAAAAGGUGGAGGGAUGGUAGGCGACUAGAAGAACACUGACAAAGUCCAGCAGCCCCUCAGACGUGGGCCACUGCCCCCCUGAAAUUGUUGGCCAGCAGAGGGGUCCAGUGGGGCCUCCCAGCCAUGCCCACUGGGCUCUGACUGUGCCCGUCAGGCACGGUGCUGCGUGAUGGCUUUUUUAAUCAGCUUGAGGGGCUCACACGCUACCCACCAAACCCAGAAACUGCCAUGCCCCAGAUGAAGGAAGGGUCAGAAUGAUGGGCUUCACUGAAGCCAACCGAGGGAGACAUCAGGCAGUGCCCAGCCCACAGGAGCUCGGCAAACAUGGGCGCCCUCCCUGAAUCCCCACCUGCCUUCCACUUCCAGCCCAAGCACACAACUGUGGGCUCAGAGCCCCAGGAAGAGACCCCAGUGCAAGAGGCCAGCCUCUGCGUGUGCUCCGCAGUGCUUGCCCGAACUCCCACCCUAUCCUGCAAUCGGAGUCUCAAUAAAAUGUCUGUCCCUAGGAUCCAGCUCUCAAGUAGAGGAAUGCUAACCUAGUCCUGAUUUAGACCACAAAUAACCUAGAUCAUCUGCUCUGAAAUUGGCUCCAUCUUUCUUUACUGAAGAAGCAGUGUGAAGGCUAAGAAGGGAAGCUUUAAAAGAACAGGUCAAGGAGAACUCGUAAUUGGAGCCUUAGGAACCAUAGGUCGAUUUGCUUCCGCUCGGUGGGGUCUUACUGAUCCAUCUGGAUGUUUACACCCGUGUCUCUGCGUGUAGUGCCUCUUUCAUGAUGUUUUGGCUGUUUCCAAGGGAAGGGGUGAGCAGGCUGAUGGGUGGGAGAGUCUGAGGCUUGAUGCCAAUUAAUACUGUGAAGUGGAGCAUGUGGUUGAGCGAAUUCAGUGGGAAGAGAAGGGUUGGGGCAAACCGAUGGUUGUCUCCUGGACUGUGUGUGCGUUCUGGCCUUACUGGCGGCGAGUGGUUGGCGGGCUGUGGGAGCCAGCUGGCCUUGUUCCCUUCACCCUGGAAGACUCAACCCGCCCAAACACCAGAUUGUUGGAUGUAAGGAAGGGAAGGUGAGAUUAGCCCAGCUGCCAACAGGCGGAUUUCCCCUGACCAGAUCUUUGGAAUUGCAAACACUCAUUUUUGAACAAGCUUGCGCUGGAGGAUUUGGGUUGUGUGAGUGUGUGUGAGUGAGUGGAGCAGACUUUCUUGGAAACUAGAGGGAGGAGAUGAGGAGGCUUAAGGAACUCUUGCUGAUGGGCCGUGGUUGAUGAAACGAGGUGCGUCGACGGGCUCGCCCCAGCUCUCAUCCCGAGGCCUCUGGCGCUGCAGGCGGGGUAGGGCACGGGGCUCUUGCUGACCUGGUCAGUAGCUGCUAGGAUAGAAAACAAACAGAAGAGACUGGCUGGGUGCCCUCAAGCAGCAGGGAGGACUCAACAGAAAGGCCAGGCUUCUUCCACAGGCCUGGCCCUGGACUUCUCAGCGCCAGCACGAGCCGUUCUGCCACGAAACAUUCCCGCCCCAAGGACCGUGCGUGCUUCUCUCCCAGUCUCUGUCUUCUCUUCCUGGUGUGUCUUACAGAUUUUAGAUGGGGAAGCCUCAGAAUUGAGCAGGCCAGAGCUGUCCUCACCAAAUUGGGAAGGAAAGUGAAAGUGUUCCUUUCUUUAGCCAAAGAACCCUUCUCAAAGACACCCCAGCUAUGGACAGAAUGGCGUUCCUUUCUUUCUUCUCCGGGCAAUAAUGACUUCAUCAGUGACGCGAUCCCAUCUGUCUUUCUCUUUUCUCUCUAUCCUUACCUGUAUUUUUUUAUUGCAUUUAUUUCAAAACGGCUCAUCUUGUAAGAAGAGUGGAGGUUAGUAACCCUAAAUGCUGCUGCUGCUGUUGGGAACCUGGAGGCACUGCCCGGAGCUGUGGGCUUAACUAAUCUCAUGUUACCUCGGGUAUGGACCGGAGCAGACCUGCCAGGAAGUGCGGCUGCGUCGGGGUUUAGGUGCGCGCGGGGGCCGGGCGCAGGGUGUCCGUAUUUUUCUGCUCUGAUCCCUGGGACUCUCACUUCUCAUCUCCACAGACUAGACUCAGUAGAGAAUUGGAGAUGGCAAAAUGACACUUAAAUGCAGUAGAAACCUUUCCAAGGCUUCUGGCACCCUUUCCCACUCCAGUGACCCAACCUGGGAGAGGUUUCCCGCAUCAUUCUUGAAGCUUCCAGAAGUUCCAGAGAGCCAGCUCCCAGCCAGUGCUUCUCCCGAGACUCCAAGAGAGUUUCCAGGGCAGUGACCCUCCUGCAGGGCACCCCUGCUCAGGGUACCUGUACCAGAAGGGAGCUGCCCGAUGCCCCAGCUUGCCUCCCACCAGCCUUUGAGAGCCCCUAAUCUCAGACCCUUGCAGCAGAACAUUAUGUUGUCUCUCUUAUUGGCUAAAACUUGCCGUGUCCCUCAGGUGGGUCACAGCCAACAUUUGCUGAACGCUUUCAAUACCCCAGGCUCAGACUCAGCCUUCUGCAAGCGUGACCUCGCGGAGCCCUCACAGCCACCCCGUUAACAACACCCCCCCUUACAACACCCCCAUUUACAGAGGAGGGCGCUGAUGAGAAAGCUGACACUCUAAGAAAGCUUGUGUUAAAGGAGAGAACAUUCAAUGGUGGCCCGAGAUCCCCACGUUUCUACUGAAAUUUUUUGUCAGUCAGACCUUUACGGAGAUAUGCUUUUGUUUCAACCAUUUUAAUAAUUCUCAGUGAGUGGCCUCGUAUUUCUAAUGAACUAUUUAAUGAUGCUCCCAUUUUCUGUGUGCCAGACACUGUGCUGAAAAUCACUCAUGUUUAUCCUGUUUCAUUUAAUCUUCACAACAACCCUAUGAAAUCUGCAUUAGUGGUCCCUUUACAGAUGGGGCAGCUGGCUUGGGGAGCUGGUGACCUGCCCAGGGUCACACAGCUAGUAGGGGAGCCGGGCCUUGAACCUGCAUCUGCCCAGCUCCAGAAUGGAGCUCAAAGGUUCCAGCCUCGGCUGUCUCCUGGGUGUCUGUGUGCAGAAAAGCCUUGAAGGAACAUGGCCCCGUGCCACCCCUGCCCUGUGCGUGGAACUCAGCAGAAGGUCUGUGUGAAGAGGGAUUCCCGAAUUGGAUCCAAGCAGCAGGGGCAGAAUCAGUUUGACGUUUAGAGAAAGUCUUAGGGGAGUUUCUUUUGAGUCAUAGUGGAGUUCAUUUUCGAUUCCUUUCCAGUGUACCAACUAGCUUUCGUAGUGCUGCUGCUACAACAAACUCUUAUCAGAGUGAAGGGGAAAAAAAAAAGUGGUGUUUUUUUCCUUCUUUUAAAAAAAAUAAUUUUUUUCUUGCUUAUAGUUAAUUCUAGAAAAGGCAAUACUAAAGGUAUAUAUUUUUUUCAAAAUGCUAUUUUUUACUGCACUGAUAAAUAUCAUGAUGACUCUGGUCUCUGUAAGCGAUCCACUCUUCAGCUCUGGGUAGACCCAGAUGCCGGAUUCACACCAAAUUUGUAAAUACCGUGUGUGGGUCUAGUGUCCAGAAACUGUUUUCUUUGUGUAAAAAAAAA